AAUUAUGUGUUUUUUUUUUAGGAAAGUUACAUUUUUUUUUCUAAUUCAAUCAAUCAAAAGCCUUAAUCUCAUAAGUGGGGUCAGCUACCUGAACUAAAAGUAAUUAAUCUGUUUAUAUAUAAUAACCUUCUUUAUUCAACCCUUAUGAUCAAAAUAUCAAAUAUCUCAUUUUCAUGCAAGUCCAUAUGCUUCAUAUCCAUCCUAUCUAAUUAAUACUAUGAAUUUCAGGGGAACAUUGCAUGAAUUCACCAUGAAAGUGAAAGAAGUGAAUGAAACAAUAGUUCAAGCAAUAGCGCGAUGUUUAGGUUUAGAAGAUAAUAGCUUCCUUGAGGAAUAUGGUGAAAGCGUGAGAAUACAAGCUAGAGUAAACUAUUACCCUAAGUGUCCGUUUCCUGAGCUAGUUCGCGCCUCGAGAACACAUUCGGAUGCAUCCGCCAUGACAAUCCUCUUGCAAGAUAAACAAGUUGAAGGCCUUCAAGUUCUCAAAGAUGAUAACUGGUUUAAAGUCCCCAUCAUCCCUAAUGCUCUCUUUGUUAACGUUGGUGAUCAAAUGGAGAUAAUGAGUAACGGGAUAUUCAAGAGUGCAGUCCAUAGAGUGGUUGCAAACUCAGAGAAAGAAAGGCUAUCUGUAGCAAUGUUUUGUGCUCCAAGUUCAGAGAUGGAAAUUGGACCAUUAAAGAAAUUGGUGAAUGAAAAUCAACCUCCUUUGUACAAGACUGUUAAAGGAUAUGGGCAGAUUUUCUUUCAGUAUCAUCCCAAAGGAGAAAGACCAAUUGCAUCCAUCAAGAUUUAA